AUGACUGCUGCGGAGCACUCUAAGCAAGAGCUAAAAGAACAAGAAAAGAACGUUCAGGCUGCGGAGCACUCUGAGCGAGAGCUAAAAGAACAAGAAAAGAACGUUCAGAUAGCGUCUUCACAGCCUGAUCCUUCUUUUGUUCAGUUAACUACGCCAUUAACGCCUUCAUGGCCCAGUCUUUAUUCUAUUCAAUUGGCUGCUCGAACCCCUGAACGCCCACAAUCACGACCCCGUCGCAGUCCUUCUCCAGAGGAUAGCCCUGAGCUGGUCCGUCCGGAAGAGGGAAAAAGAAAACGUAGUGGAGCAGUAUGGAAGGGCAAGGAGAAUGAGACAGGGCGAAACGACGGAUUGCGGCCUGCGCCUGUUCUUAGGCCUAAAUAUUCUAUGGCCGAAUAUAAAGAGUAUCUGAAGUGGCAGAGCAAGAAGAACGCUCUAAAGGAGGAUGCUCUUGAAAAGAGAGAGCUAAGAAGACUCCAGAAGUCUAACGGUCAGGCUCCUCCACUAUGGUCAACAAUGCCUGAGUUUGCUGGGAUGACGAGAGCAGCAAUAAGGAAAGAAGGCGCUUCUACUGAAAGCUCGUCGUCAAUACAGCGUCAAGAUACCAGAGAAGAGGAAGAAAAAGAGGAAGAGGACGAGGAGUAG